AUGCCGGAAACCAGCGAAAAUGCCGAAAAGCUAAAAGCGUUAUCCACCCGAAAGUCCAGACUUCGUUCUUCACUGACUAGAAGUAUGUCAUACAUAAGUGAGAAGCUGGCGACGGCAGAUUUUAACGAAGUUAAAGUGAAAUUGACAAUGGUCGAAGAUAUAUAUAAAAAUUAUCUUGCUUUACUUGACGAAUUCGACAACUUCGAAGUUCCGGAUCUGGACCCUUUCAUAGAAAAAUUCGAAGAUGACUACAUCGCCAUUAAAGGUAAAUUAGAAAGCAGUAUCGAAAAAUUCUCUAAUAGCACUGCUGUUCCAGGUUUUAAAAGACAGUGUACAACUGAAUCUGGUGGUAGCGGUAGUUGUUGUUCUUCUUCAAAAGCUACGAUUAAGUUACCAAAGUUGGAGUUGAAGAAAUAUGGUGGUAAUCUACUUGAAUUCGAAUCGUUUUGGUCUUCGUUCAACUCAGCUGUACAUAAUACUGAUUUAGAAGCAACUGAUAAAUUUACGUACUUGAGAAAUAACCUGGUAGGCGAAGCUGAAUUAUUGUUGAAAGGUAUGGGUACCACUGCUGCAAACUAUCCAAUCGCAUACGAAAUGGUAAAAAAGAAGUUUGGUAAUAAAAAGAAAUUAAUUGAUUUAUUAUACGAUAAUUUAACGAAAAUUCCAAAAAGUAACAAAUGGACUAAAAAUUUGCGAAAUACUUACGAUAAUAUUGAAUCGAAUUUACAUGCUUUAGAAGGUGUAGGUGAAAAUAUUCAAAACAACACCAUACUGUACUCGAUGAUUAUGAAGAAGUUUCCAUUUGAUAUAAUUAUGAAAGCCGAUUUGGAUGUUGCAAGUAACGAUUUAUCCGAAUUGAGGCAGAAAGUUGGCGAAUUGAUAUGGAAACAAGAGCAAUAUUGUGGUACUACAGAGAGCUUGAUAACUGGUGAUAGAAAACCGAGUAAAAAAUGUAUCUAUUGCGGUGAAACGUCACAUUAUUCCGAUGAAUGCAGCAAAAUAACGACAUUGGAAGACCGAAGAAAGAAAUUGAAUGGUCGUUGCAUCAUUUGUUUGAAUCCUGGUCAUCUCGCUAAAGACUGUACGGUAAACAAACCAUGUGUACAUUGUAAGAAACGUCGUAGUCAUCAUCGUAGUUUAUGUAUUAAAUUAUUUUCAAAAGAAGUUAGUAAUCCUGAACCAACUGAAUCUUUACUAAUGAAAGAUCAAGAAGGUAACCUGUUAGCAGCCACAAUCAACGUUGGUAAUGAAAGUCGUGUUCAGAAAGUUACCUCAAUUCUGGAUAGCGGUUCAAGAAGAUCGUACAUUACUACGAGGUUGGCCGAUAAAUUAAAAUUGAAGCCUCUUCAUUAUGAAACGAUUAGAAUUUCUACGAUUUGUUCCGAAGCUCCUCGAGAAAUUUCAACCAAGGUCGUUAGUUUAGAUAUUUUUACAAAUGAUGGUGAAAAAAUAAAAAUCACUGCAAAUACGAUACCUAAAAUUAUUAAUCGAAUAAAUCACCACGAUAUUAAGUUAGAUUCCAGAUUCAAGAAAUUCAAGCUCGCUGAAGUUGAUAAAAAUCUUGUACCUGAACUCCUGAUUGGAAAUGACUACAUGUUCGAUUUUAUGGUCAUGGAAAAAGUAAUUAUUGAUGAUUCAACUUCGUUAAUCAAUUCGAAAUUUGGAUGGCUGGUUGUUGGUCGAAUCAAUAAAAACCACGAAACUCCAGUUUUCUUCUCCGAGAUUGAAAUGGUAGAAAACCUAUGGAAAUUAGAUGCGAUUGGGAUAGAUGAUUCAACCUCAGUGGAGGAUAUUGGCGAUGAACUUGCGGUAAAAAGUUUUUAUGAUAAUAUAGAAUUGAUAGAUAAUCGUUAUGAAGUAGCUUGGCCCUGGAAAGAGUACCCUCCUGAUUUAAAAUCGAACAAAGGGCUCGCCUACGGUCGUUUGAAAUCUCAGAUGAGAAAAUUCGAAAAGAACAAAGAAUUAUUCGACGAAUAUGACAAAGUGAUCAAAUACCAAGAGUCUCAAGGUAUUAUCGAACGAGUCAACGAAUCUAUCAACGAUAAAGAAGAUUUAGUUCAUUAUCUUCCGCAUCACGAAGUUCUGACACCAGGUAAAAGUACCAGUUUACGAGUUGUUUAUGACGGUUCUGCAAAAUCUCGAAAAAUUGAUAAAAGCUUAAACGAUUGUAUUUUUCGUGGUCGUGUUCUUUUGGAAACGUUAUGCGGUUUGAUUUUGCGCUUAAUGUUGAGAUGUUUUGUAUUAACUUCUGAUAUUGAAAAAGCAUUUUUGCAAAUCGGUUUGAAAUUACGUGAUCGCGAUUUUGUUAGAUUUAUUUGGAUAAAAGAUUUUAAUAAACCGCUAAACUUCGAUAAUUUGAUUAUAUUUCGCUUUACUAAAAUUCCGUUCGGUGUUAUUGCUAGUCCGUUUUUGUUAACUUUAACAAUAAUUUUUCAUUUAAAUCAAUAUGAUUCGAAGUUCGUUCCGCUAUUACUAAGAAGUUUUUAUGUGGAUAAUCUUAUCUUGAGUGUCGAUUCGGUAGAUGAAGCUAUUGAUCUUUAUAAUUUUUCAAAAUCUUGUUUUAAUGAUGCUUCGAUGAAUUUACGUAAUUGGGUUACGAAUUGUAAUGAACUUAAAAAUGUUUUAAAACCAGAAGAUCGUUUAGAUGUAUCUGAAAUUAGUAUUUUAGGGUUAAAAUGGAAUGUUAAAAAUGAUACUUUUGUGAUUAAUCAUAAACUCACUAAUUCGACUAUUAUUAUUACAAAACGUGAAGUUGUAAAAAAGGUAUCCUCGAUUUUUGAUCCGUUAGGUUUUUUGUGUCCUGUUGUUUUACCAGCUAAAUUAUUUAUUCGAUAUUUAUGGGGCAAAAACUUAGAUUGGGAUGAUGUUUUAGAUGAGAAAGAUCAAAAGUCGUGGAAAGAAUUAUUAGAUAACUUGAAAUGUAUUUCGAAUGUAGAAAUAGAUCGGUACGUAUUUCGUGGCACUAAUGCUUGUAAUGAUUUUGAUUUACAUUGUUUCGUUGACGCGUCUCAAAAAGCUUAUGCUGCAACUGUUUACGUUAAGAAAAAUAAUUUAACUCGUCUCGUUUUUGCUAAAUCUCGUCUCGCUCCUCGCAAUAAUUUAACUAUUCCAAAGUUAGAAUUGUUAGCUAUAUAUAUCGGUAGUCAAAUCGUGAAUUUCGUUAAGAAUGAAUUUUCUGAUGUUAAUAUCAAAAAUAUUUAUGUAUGGUCCGAUUCCAAAUGUGUAUUAUCAUGGUUAUGUUCGAAAAAAGUUUUGCCCAAAUUUGUAGAAAGAAUUGUGAAGAAAAUUGAUAAAUCGUUCAAUUAUCGCUACGUUCCAUCUGCUGAAAAUCCUGCUGAUAUAGCCAGUCGCGGUGCAGAAGUGCAAGAUUUGAAUUCGUUCUGGUGGGAAGGCCCCACAUGGUUGAAAGAGAUGGAAGUUGCUUGGCCAAAGGCAAUGAAUUUACAAUUUGAAUCCGAACCUGAACCUGAACCAGAACCAGUACUUAUCUCCAAUAAUACAGCUGUAAUUCAGCCUCCUUUUAAAAUCGAUUGUACUCAAUUUAAAACCCUCAACUAUCUACUUGAUGCAACGUUAAGCUACAUGAAAAAUGUCAAUCCGAAUAAUAUUGUUCAGAAAACCGAAGAAGCUUUCAACCAGUGGAUUAUGUAUAUCCAAAACAAAAAUUAUCCUGAUAUUUCGCAACCUAAUCCGCUUGGUUUAAAACGUGAUUCUCAAAAUAUUAUACGUUGUCAUGGACGCCUGGUUGAAUCAUGUCUCGACGAUAAUGCAAAGUUUCCAAUACUUCUACCUGAGAAAGAAUACUUCACUCACUUAUUAAUUGAAAAAAUUCAUAUCGAUAACUAUCAUGUUGGCGUUUCGCAUACUCUCUCUGAAUUGAGAAAAAAUUUCUGGAUUCCAAAAGGCAGAUCGACGGUGUACUACGUUCUAAAAAAAUGUGCUAACUGCAAAUACUACGAUGGUGGUCCAUAUAAAUAUCCUGCAAUUCCUCCGUUACCUGAAUUUCGUGUAAAUCAAAGCAGUCCGUUUUCCUGUUGUGGUAUCGACACAUUUGGUCCUUUAUACGUCAGUGAUAACUCAGUCCAGAAAAAAGUAUUUGUUAGUAUUUUUGUUUGUAUGAUUACGCGUGCGAUUCACUUAGAACUUUUAGAGAAUAUGACCACUCAAGAAUUCCUACUCGCUUUUCGUAAUUUUAUAGCAUUACGCACAAUUCCAAAAUUUGUAAUAAGUGACAACGCGCCACAAUUUAAAAUAACCAAAUCAGCUUUUGAAAAUCUUUGGCAACAAAUAAUUUCUGAUAAUGAUGUAAUAGAUUUUUGUAAAAAUAAUUUGAUAGAAUGGAAACUGUUGCCUGAAUAUGCCCCGUGGCAUGGCGGUUUUUACGAAAGAUUAAUCAGUAUAGUGAAAAUGUCGCUAAAGAAAACAAUUUUUAAUUGUAUAAUAACAGAAAAUCAAUUGAGAACCGUGUUGUAUGAAGUAACUUCUGUUAUUAAUUCGCGUCCUAUUGUUUAUGUAGGUGAAAAUGAUAGUAAUGUAUUAACACCUAAUGAUUUGAUGAAUACCAAAUUCGAUUUUAUUCCGGAUAUUGAUAAUGUUAAAAAUAUUAAACGUGAUGUAAUCGUAAAUUUAUGGAAAAGAUCUAACGAUAUUAUUAAUCAAUUUUGGAACGUUUGGAAAUUUCAAUAUUUAACUAGUCUUCGUGAACGUAAUAUUAGUAUAAAACAAAAGAAAAAUGUAGUAGACUUAGUUCCUAAAGUAGGAGAUAUCGUAUUAAUUGAAGGUGAUAAAAAAUUUUGUCCUAGAGGAGAGUGGAAAGUUGGUAAAGUAAUUAAUGUUAAUGUUAGCUCAGACAGUAAUGUUAGAUCAGCAAUCGUUGAAACUAAAAAUUCUAAACUUACCCGUCCCAUUAACAAAUUGUAUCCCUUGGAAACAUCGUAAUUUUUCUCGUUUAUACUUAUUAUUUUAAAUUUAAAAAUUCGUUUUUUUUUUUUUUUCGCCGGGAGUGUCGCGGAUUCGCGGUUAUUAAUUAUAUUUGGCUAUGUUUUUGUUAUAUUUAAAGUUCGCGAUCUCGAUAAUAUUCGGCUGCUAGGUUUGUUAUCUUGAAGAUUCAAAAGUUUUUGUUAUUGUUUUUAUUCGAAAAUAAAUAGAGUACGAAAAGGGUUCGUAUUGAAGCGAUUAAAUCAAUCGCCCUUAUUGUUGAAUUCCUUUUUCGUUACCCCCCACCAUUCACUCCUACGAAAAAAAUAUUGUCAGAUUCGUGAUCUACACCCUCAAAAACAUACAUUUCGACAUAUCACACAUCAAUAUUGUCAAAUUUUGAAUUUUUCACCCCCCCCUCACCACCUCACCAUCCACCACUACCAAAAAAAUGUCAAAUUCGUAUUCUGCGACCCCAAAAACAUGAGAGAGCAUAUCAUUGUAUUAUUGUUUUAAGGUUCAUUUCAAGUUUUUGAAUUACAGGCGUUUUGAGGGUGCUCACAGCCCACUGUGCGCCGGGACGGACGCCCUGUAUAAACUGAAACCAAAGUAAUAAUUUAGAGAUACUUAUUGAAUCUUCCAUAAUUCUGGGUACACAUGCAUUAGAUAAAAAGUGAACACGAUAUUACGUAGAUGAAUAAACGGGUAAGCAUAAAAACUAGAUAGAUAAUUAUUAAAUUUCAACGAUCGUAAUUAAAUUUUAUAUUUUUGCCUAUUCACAGUCAAUUACCCACAUACUUAUCUUUGUUUGUUUUUUUUUGUAUUCUUCUGGGUAAUUAAAAUUUAAUGCAAGGUGUGUACAUACCUAUAUAAACCUCAAGCAAAUUGGCAAAUGUUGAGAUACUUGAGUAUUCAUUCUACGUAUCAGAGUUCUGUUUACAGUUUUAGGUAAAAAGUUGAACCAAUAAUAAGGUACCAUGGAGAAACUUACAAUUUUGGUGAUCGGUUUAUUGAUUGUCUGCGUUACAGUAGUUCCAGAAAUCGAAUCUCGACGAAUGGAAUCUGGAAUGGGAUCUGGAAUGUGUUGUAGUAUGAAUGGAAAGAAAUUCCACGAAGAAAACACUUGCAUGAUGAUGUGUAAAGAAGGGUGUAAAUCCAAAGGAUGCGGUGGAUUUAAACACUGUAUGCCUAUAGCGGGCGCACCAAUGGAAAUGUAUGGUUGUAUGUGCCAAAUGGGAUGAUCAAUAAUUAGGUAUAGGUACCUAUAUAAUGUGCACAAAGUCAAAAUUGCAAGUAUUGUGACCAGUUGAUGUGGGCUUUUUGUCUUAUUAUAUAGGUACUCCUAAUUCAUAUUAAUAUUUUACAUUUAAAUAAAUCUUUCAAUCCUUUAUUAGGACUAGAAUAUAUUUUUGUGAUCUAGGCUUUUUUGUCCUGUUGUAAUUACAUUCAAAUAAAUCGAUUCUUUACCCAA